AUGGAUGUGAUUGGACCGAUAGAACCAAAAGCAUCGAGUGGUCAUAGGUUCAUUUUGGUGGCCAUUGAUUAUUUUACAAAGUGGGUGGAAGCAGUAACUUUCAUCUACUUAAUGCAAGAGGUAUGCUACCAAUUUAAGAUUGAGCAUCGAAAUUCAACUCCGUAUCGCCCAAAGGCAAAGGGGGAUGUAGAAGCUGCUAACAAAAAUAUAAAAAAGAUACUUUAUAAGAUGGUGCAAAGUUCUCUACAAUGGCAUGAAAAUUUUCCUUUUGCUUUGUUGGGUUAUCGCACUACAGUCCGUACUUCAGUGGGCGCUACCCCAUAUUCACUGGUUUACGGGACUAAGGCAGUUAUACCUGCAGAGAUUGAGAUACCAUCUUUACGAAUUGUUUUAGAGGCUGAAAUUGAUGAUGAUGAGUGGAUCAAAACUCGGUUAGAGCAAUUAAGUUUGAUUGAUGAUAAGCAUCUGACAUCACUACUAAGAUCUUUCAGUUCACCUGGUUCUCUAUUGCCUACCCAUGGAUUCAACAACAAUUCGAAAGGUUGCUCCAGAGUGCCCUCCUGGGCUGCAAUCCAGAAGAACAAUCACCCUAGUUGGUAUUGUUCUGUAGGAAUGGGAAUGGAUUCCGAAAUUCCUUUUAGAUCUAUGGAUGACUAA